UCCCUCGUCUUCUGGAUAGCUGAGACUAUAUAUAACAUACUCUACAUGGCCAACUAUGUUGAUGACGACGCAUCCGGGGCUCGUCGCGAUGACCUCGUCUGGUUUGCUCCUUUCCAGGAACACAUCCUAUCGCCGCUCGCACGCCUCCUGUCCCUUUACGACGACCUCGGUAUCCCCUACGAGCACCGGAAACAACUCUGGGGACCGUGUCUACCAUACAUUGGUUUCUCCGUCGACAUUGACUGCUUCUCAUUCACUCUCCCAGAAGACUGCAGAGCGAACCUUAUCGCCACUAUCCAGAAGUUCAUCACCUGCACCCCCGGACACCGCCGUCGUUCCAUCCACGAGUUCCAGGCACUUGCUGGUCACAUUAACUGGGCCCUCAACGUUUUUCCCCUCCUCCGCCCAUGCCUCGCGCAUAUCUACCACAAGCUCUCCAACAAGUCCGACCCACACACCAAGGCUUAUAUCAACAGCGGCAUCACUCGGGAUCUCGAGUGGUUCCUCCGUCGCAUUGACACACUCCCAGGAGUGCGUAUCUUUGCUGCAGCAGCCUGGACG